UAUGAAUGUAUGCAUGUAUUUGUGAUAUCGGUUUGGUUUUGGACGGCUCCGAAAUAGACAAUGGUCUAGUUCACAUUGAAACAUUUUUUGAAUAGGCAAGGUUUAUUUUCAAAUCGGCUUACUCCGGCACGUUAGCGUUUAAAAGUUGUCUGUAAAGUUGGUGAUUAAUUUUCCUUUUACAAGAUGGAUUCCAAGAAGCAGGAUACAAAUAAUAACAACUUGCCGCUACCGCCACACGAAGACAAGAAGUACCUGUUUCUCUAUAAAAUGAUUGCAGAUGUUGAAGUGCAGUUGACCGAACAAAACAAAAAGUUGGAUCAAUUGACCACGAAAAUGGAGCAAUUGAAACAGACGAUUAUGAACCAUCCCAGUGGCAUCGGUAGCCCAGCAACAGCAAUUAGUACUCCAGCCUUCAGCACAGUAAGUCCAGCCUUCAGCACAGCGGAGACCAUUGACGAUCUAAAUUCCCUGGAAUUGAAAUUGUGCAAUGUAGAUAUGCAAAAUUCUUUUAUUCAGUGGUUAAAAAUGAAAAUUAAUCGCGAAAGUAAUAAGGAACGUGCGUGCGAUGCGCUAAAUAUUAUAACAGGCCCAAACUUGCUAGUUAAUAUGUCGUGGACAGGCAAGGGUAAAGCCGGAGCAAAGGUGGCUUUAUGCAAUUUUAUAAAGAUAUUGCAAGCCAUACAGGAUGUAAGUGGUAACUGUAUAAACGAAGAGCUUAAAGCAUGGAUGCAGUUAAAACUUCAUCAUAGUGAUAAUAUGCUAAAAAGCAAGUAUUGCAAUAAGUCUUCUUGCCAUGAGCGUAAAAAUAAGUUACCCAAGCUAGAUUAAGACAAUUAGAAAUGUAGGUAGUUAAAUAUAAAAAUAUAAACAAAAAUAUAAAA